AUGGCUUGCUGUUGCGGAAACCGAAAGAAGCAGACCCACGAGUUUGCCGAACAGAAAUGGGACUACAUCAACCUCCAAGACUUCAAAGCCUCUGGUUGUGGCACCCCAUUUGCCUAUGGCUAUCUCUGGUUCUCUCUCAUUAUCUCCAUCGCCGUCUACUCAAUUGAUAGCUUCACCGCCGUUCAGCUGAUUGCCUUUAACAAGUGGUCAUCGACCAUCAAGCCCGCCAUUUCCUUUGACGUUUCCAAAUGGAUCUUUUCCAUUUGCAUCAUUCUUUCCUUUCUCAAUCUUGGGUACGAAGCCAUCCGCGCCACCCGUGUCAUUAAGCGAAACAACAUUGCCGAAUCCUACAUGGAUCCGCUCGCUGUCCGAUGGGAGUCUAUUCGUGUCGGCAAGGCCCAAGGAUGGCGCCGAUUCCUAGUCUUUGCUGCCCUCACCAAGAGUAAAAAGGGAGCUCACUACAUUGCCCUAUUCACUUACUUCAGCUUCAAAUCUUGGAUUCGCGUUUUGGUCUGCUCGGGUCCUCGCCAGGUGAUUAAUGCUUUCACCCUCAAGUCCGUAUACGAAGCGAAGCUAGCCACCAAAGCCACGUCUGUCGAUGGCGCCUUUGUUGGCUUCUUUGACAAGCUCAAGGUUCUCGCCCAGGAAGACUAUCGCCAAGCUGCCAUCUUGUCUGGCAUGGCCUUUACCUUUGUGGUCUGGGCGUUUGCCCUCAUUUUUCUCAUCGUCGCCGUCCUCUUCUACGUCUUCUUUUUGUUUCACUGGAUACCCCGAGCCGAUGGAGGCCUCACUGGCUACUGUGAACGCAAAGUCAACAAGGCGCUGCUAAGGAUUGUCACAAAGAGGGUCAACAAAGCCCUUGCCAAGAAUGAAGCCAAGAAGAUCAAGGCUGAAGCCAAAGCCGCCAAAAUGACGGGCGAGAAGUUGCAGCCAGAGCGCGCUGCUACACUGCCCGACCUUUCUGCCCUAGCUGACGACAAGCUAGAAGCCAUGCCCACGCUCAACCGCGCUGACACUGGAAACACGCUCCCUGUCUACCAAUCUCGUCCCAACACCCCAGGCGGUAUUGAGCUGAGCAAUAUGAACAGAACUGCGUUGACUCGCACCGAAACCGAUGGCUCCAAUUCGAGUUACUCUCCCAGUGUGCCUCUGAUCAGUGCCGCGGCAGACAUGGGUUAUGGAGGGCCAGUUCACACGCCCACGAUGCAGCCACAGCGUCCUGGUACAGCCGGGUCGCUGCGAGGUCCAGGUGUUGGUAUGAUACCUCAACGCCCCGGAACAGCCAUGUCGCAGCGAGGUCCAGGUGUGGGUAUGAUACCCCAACGCUCUGGUACACUCACCUCACAGCACAGCCAAGCUUCGCGGCCCGGCACGGGCAACCAAUAUUCAUAUAGCAAUGCUCCUACUCCGAUGCCGCUGAUGGAGGAGGAACCUCGCCGCGGUCUGGGUCAGUCCGCAUUGCCCGAGCUCUCUUUCGCAGAGCCUACUGCCCAAUAUCCUCUCAGGCCGUCCAAUUCGCAACGGAGCAUAGGUUCUCGCUCUGUUUCGUCAACGGGCGAGUCAUUAGAUGGGUCUGAGCAUAGAUAUCGGCGAGGGUUCCCCAAUGCUAUAGCUCAAGCACAGCCACCCGAAUAUGGGCCGUACAAUCCAAGUGCGAAAUGGCAAAUCUCCUCGGCAGAGAAUCCGUACUCUGCCGAACCAUAUGGAACCCCAACGCCGCCACCGAUUCGCAGCGCUACAACAGGCCCUGCGCCUCCUGGUGGACCGAUAUAUUCGGCACAGAGAUCUGUGACUGCUCCGGGCCCCGUUCGAUCAGCGACAAGCGACCCGUAUUUCCAACGGGGCGCGCCGCCGCAGAACGCAUCCUUUGCUCCGAUCCAGCGCAGCAACACUGGUGACGAGUUUGCAAACGGAAGCUGGGUUCCUCCGAGCCAGCGCGGCAACGCACAACCAUACGACUUGGAGGCGCAAUAUAAGGAAAGACAGAGAUAUCAAUAUUGA